AUGUCUGUGUUGGAGACGUCCUCCUCCUAUAGGUUGAAACAAUACCUCUUGUUGAGGCUUCAGGAUUUAUAUGUCAUGCAUCCAUAUCAAGGUCAAUCUGAUGUGGAGCUGACUUUGUCAAUUGGUGAUAUGUUGUUGUUCGAAAGGUUACAAACAAUGGCUGGGCUGAAGGGGAAUGCAAAGGUAAAGCAGGCUGGUUUCCGUAUGGGUGGAAGUGAAAAUAAAAGAUCGGUGUUCCCAAACUGUCUGAGGCUGGUGGAUAUGGAGGUUCAGACACACUUAUUACUGAUGAAGCAGAACUCCAUCAGCACCAGAAACUUUGGAGGUUCAUACACGCUUAUUACUGAUGAAGCAGAACUCCAUCAGCACCAGAAACUUGAGAAGCUUUACAUAUCAACAGGUGCCGGAACAAAGUUGUCAGAAGAUAGCAGAAAAUAUGUUGCCAAAAAUUCAAGCAUUAGUGGUAAUAGAUUGUCAAAGGCUGCAGUGAAUUAUGGUCGGGCCCGUGCUCAGAUGGAGAAGGGACGUGGGAAUCUGCUGAAAGGUCUGGCCAUCUGGCUCGCUGAAUCCUCUGUCUCCAAGGAUGAGUCCUAUUUGCAAGACGUGCUUACCAAAGAUGAUACAGGAGAUUAA